AAGAAAGGGGGAAAAAAAAAAAAAAAAAAAAAACUUGAGAAAAAGGUCGAUCUACUGUUGCAGACAUUUUCUCAUCUCAGUCACAGGCUGCAGCCAGUAUUUUGAAUAAUAUCGCGGCUUUUUAUAGAGAAAUAGCGUCAAUCAUCGUUGGAUCAUUCAAUGCCACAUCCUGAGCCUAAUAUAUCUUGCUUAUCUGAUCGCUGUUAUAAUGGCAUCUCAGCGAAAAAUCCGCCGAGGCCUCGACGUGGUCACUACAGCACCGCUCAUUAUUCGAGAAUUGGGUGGAGUAAACUCUUUUUCCCUUCGCCUAUCAUCAUUUCAUUGGGGGAUGGUUCGACUCAGUUACCAUAACAACAUUAAGAGUUUUAUAAGUUUUUGUUCGAGUCAAUAAGAU